AUGCGGCACAGCUGGCACAGCAAGGCCCUUGCCUGGCAAGCCUUGGGCGACCACUCAUUCAAUCUCGCACAUGAGGUUGAUGGUAGUGCCACCGACAAUGCUCCCAGUCCCUCGACAAGUGUGGAUGGUGAUGCUUUGGAGAAGGGGAAAGGGAAGGCGAGGGAAGUGGAGCUGGAGCCGGAGAAGAAGAAGGAGAUGGAGAAGCCGAAGGAAGAGCAGGAGAAGCCGCACAGGAAGCAGCCUUUCUCCCGGAUGUCGAAGCCACUCCCAAAGUCGGCAAUGAAGACGCCGAAGAGGGGGAAGUUGGGGCAGGAGCGGAAAUUGAGAGAAUCAGUGGAUUCAUCGGAUGAGGAGGAGGAAGAGGACAGGUUGUCAAAGCCCCGUUCCAACACAUCCUCUGUGAUUGUGACUCGGCGGGUUUCCGCCACCCAACCAUCAAGGCCGUCUGGGCCUCCCCGAUCCCUGGGCUCUCUGAAGAAGGCCGCCUUCGGCCCUGGAAUGACACCUCUGCUCAUGCACCCUGAUGUCCCCGAGUUGUCUCAAGUGACUUCCGAGAGCCCGAGGGAUGUGCCCCCAGUUGUGGACGCCAGGGCCAUUCUCAUUCCCAGACUGGACCCUUGCCGCCACCACAUGAGGGUGGUCUACCGAGUGGACAAGGGCCUCAUUGACAGGCUCGUCGACCUCCCAGUCAAAGGUGUGGACCCGAAGUCAAUCCCGGGGGCCCCACGGUCCCAGGGCCAAAGCAAGCCCACAGGCUCGGUGACAAUGCCUGUCCCCCCUGCAGCCAUCAUUGCAUCAUCGAGUUCGGCUGCCCCCCAUGCAGCCCAGGACCUCCCGAUCCUGGACCUCCACUGGAUGUCAAUCGCAUCGCAGCUCUGGAGGCUCGUGCCUCUGAACAGGAGAGCACAAUCAAUACGCUCCGAAGGCUGCAUGAGAGCCUUUGACAUCAGAUCAUGCACCGACAUCCGUCAUUCCCCCUCCCGGAGUCUCCUCCCGCCGAACCCUCCUGUCUACUCAUGGAUCAAGCCGCUCCCAGGCGAGGAAGGCUCCACCAUUGUUGCCCUGGUAAUGAAGCCAACAAACCCACCCUCUCAGACUGAAGCGGCGUUGGACCCUGCUACUGCCAUUGCAUUGACAGUACCCGUCGAUGCAGUUCACAGCCCAGCCGAUGAUGGCGCCUCCACCUUCACAUCAGCCUUCGCACUUCCGGCCCCCCCGGCAAUGAACCCCACCCCAUUGGAGACUCCCGAGGAUGGCCUGAGCGCCGAAUAUGAUUCUGGUGAUGAGCAGGAUGACGUGAUGGAAAUAGUACUCAGCAAUCAGUACAGCAUACCCACCAUUGUGCAAACCUCUGAGCCCCGCACAUGUAGCAAAGAGUCCCAAGGACCAAGUCCCAAGCAUAUUGGUGCUCAGUACUCGGUCUUUGCCUUUCGGCUUUUGAUCCUUGGCCCUCCGACCUUGAUACCCGAUGUUCGUUGGCACUUAGUCCUUGGUGCUCAGUACUUGGUUCGGCUCUCGGUACAUGUACUCGGUACUCGAUACUCAGUGCCCGUACUCAGUCCUCAGCUCUUGCUCCUCGGUCCUCGGUACUCAAUACUCAGUGCCUGGGCCACCAUCCCCAACCCUCGGUACUCGGUACUCAAUUCUCAGUACUCACCACCCGGGUUGCAGUUUGCCAUUCUCGAUCCUCGGUACUCAGUUCUGAGGUCUCAGUACUUUGUCCUUCAGUACUUGAUCCUCGCUGCCCGGGUUGCCAUCCCCGAUCCUCGGUACUCAGUACUUGGUACUCGGUGCUCCGUUUGCCAUACUCGAUACUCAUUUAUAUGA